AUGAUCGUAGCCGAGAGAACCCAAUCCCGAGUAGGCGCUUCAGAUUGGAUGAGGGGGUUUGUACUGGGUCAAGGGGGGCUGAACUGGACUGGGGGUUGUACCACCUUAGCCCCGUCGUUUCAUAGAGCGCAUAGACAUUCUUCACGUCGCAUUUUUUUCUUUUUGAACUGUGUCUGUUGCGCACCCAAAAUGCGUGGCGACGUAGUACAAAAAAGCUUACGUAGAAAAAAGCUUACGUCGCGGCGACUUUUAAUUUGCACUAUGCAGAAGGUCAAGUGCGGAAAACAUAGAGUGCGGAAAGUCCACGUAUAAUACAUUAUGGAACGACUUGUAGUUAUACUUAUUAUUAGGUCAGGGGUUCAAAAAAGGUUCUCUCACUAAAAUUAGAAGCUCGCAAACACAUCAAGUUUAGGUUUGUACCGAACAGGGAAGUACUCCAAGUGCCACGCUAAUAUUUUCUUUAAAUUCUGCACGAACAUUGGGCAUGAACUAAGUAUCAGUUCCAGAAAGUUUUAGCUCGCGCUUUGAAGGCGAAGCCGAGAUAUUGAACGAUCUUUCUCGCUGAGAGAGUACGCUAAGCGCGGAGAAUGGUCAGAGAGAAAAACACUUUUUCGCCAUAACUUUGCUAGUUUCGUGCGGAAAAAAUUGAUUUUUUGUGGAAAGAUUACUUUAUGGUAGAAAUAGGCAUGAGACUUUUCGUGCCGAAGUUCGGCAAAAAAUGUCAAAUUUUCGCCAACUUUCGAACUAAAAAUCUCGGUGGUUUUUGCAAUGCGCGAGCUAGGAGUGUCUCAUAUAUUUUAGAAAAAAAUGUUUUAAGUUUGAGCCAAUUUUCAUCAACAUCUGAGCGUCGCACUUGGGGUACUUCCCAUUUGAACUGUUUUAACUUCUUGAACUCAAAUUCAAUUCAAAGUUCAAGUUCACUGUGAACUUUUGACCUAAAUCAUUCAACAAGCAAAUUACUCCAAGUGCAAAGUUCAGAUUUUUUUAAAAUUUUGCAUAUACUUCGGGUACUGCCGAGAUGUUGAACCACCUUUGUGGCCGAGAUAAAAUUUCUGAGUCUAAAUGUAUAAUAUGUUAUUUCAUGUACUUAAUGUUCCAAAUUUGAUUGUAAAACACAUAUUAAAAUUGUGACUUUCUACUGACGCCAACAUCCAAACAUAAUCGAAUUUUCCCGGGUUAUAGCGCACUCGUGCCCUAUUGUUUCGUACUUUCAUCCAGGACAAACGUCUUUUCUAUUGUAAACUUGGUUUUCAGCAGCCCAUGGCCAACUUUAUUAUCGAAUUUUUCUGGUUCAACGACAUCUUGGGAUCGGUGUUGGGCGUGAUCUUGAGCUCAUUGCUGAUCUUCGCCGUGUUCCAGCGGCGCGAUGGCAAGACAAAACAACUUCAUCCCUACAGUCGGAUGGUGUUGGUGAUGGCCGUGAACGACUUCUUCUUCUGCUUUGUGGAAGUGAAUGUGCAGCAUGUAAGUGAGACAGUACUGUAUAUAUCGCGCUGAAUUAUCAGUCUGUCGGGAAAAUAGUGGUGGUUGUCGCAGAAAAAUGUUUCGAAAAAGUGACUAACCGUAGCAAAACGAUCAUGUGCGAUUUCAAGGCCCGCUGUUAUAUUUCCGACAAACUGAUAUCGCUAUCGCGCGUGACGUUGUGCAGAAAAACAAAAUUGCACUGUGCAAACUCAUUUUUUAUGGCAUUCGCGGUACAAAUGGGGGGUUUUCGCAGAGCGUCAGAAAAAAUGCACAGUGCAAAGUUGCAGGAAAUUCUUAGGACUUUAUAGCUCGAGUAUUUACUUAUUUUUGUUUCUAUAAUAUUAUCAAUCUGUCGGGAAAAUAAUGUGGAUUCGUCGCACCUUUAAAUCGUCCACCAUCGCCUUGCAACGGGCUAGUCGCAGCUGAAGAUUUGAUGAGAAAAUGCGACGAAUCAUUGCAGACAUUUUUCUUCGACAAAUCCACAUUAUUUUCCCGACAGACUGAUACUUUCCCUUUUUUAAACAACCAUUAUUUAUAUGUUUGCCUUUUCAGAUCCUGGCUUUCGGAAAUUACAAAAUGUUCGUCAACGCCCACGGCACAGAAUAUCACUUUCUGAGCAGUCGCGAACAUCCCUAUUCCUUCAUGGUUCAUGUGUUUUUCCUCAUGAAUACGAUCACUCUGCUGCCGGCGGUCUACUCGUAUCGAUACGAGUUGAUGAAAAAGUAGGUUUUUUGAUGUUUGAAUAUCAGUCUGUCGGGAAAAUAAUGGGCACUCUGUCGCUUUGAAAAUUCAUUUUUCCGUUGUCGAGAAAAUGAAUCGUGCCGUGGCAAAAUGAAAUUGCUUUUCACUUCAGCGACGCAAUUGGCGCAUGACAUUGUGCUCAUUAUUUUCCCGACAGUUUGAAACAAGGGUAAAAGAGCAGUCAGGAGGACAGAAAUUGGGGACAAAAAAAUUAAAGAAGCGAGGGCAAAAACGCCCAGUACGGUCGGUCCAGAUAUGGCUGGGGCCGGGCUUUUGGGGCGCAGGAAAUUUUCAAAACGGCAGGGUGCCCUCGACGAGGGCUAAAUUUGCCACAAGCUUCAUCAAAAUCAGGGUGUCGUUUUUCAAAAUGGCGGGCCCACACUGGUAACCACUUUGCGGGCAGCUAGAAGAGCUACGGAAAUUCUUCGGGCAAAUUGUGAUCAUUAUUUUCCCGACAGACUGAUGGAAUUAGCAGUAUCUCUUUAUGUGCUACACGGUUUAAAGAUUGGGGAAAAUUCAGGUCCUAGGAGGGUUUAUCUUGAGGUAUUUUGCAUGUAUUAAGGCAACAAUACCCGGGUAAAACUUUCGGAUCUUCGUUUUUUUUUUGAUUGCAAAUAUCUUCGCCCCGUCUCCGCAAAGCCUUCUCCGCCUAGCACGCAAGGCUUUACCAGUCUUGUAGGCAUUUCCUACAACCUUUUUUUGACCCUCAUAAAUCUCAUUUUCAGUCCUGCCGCCGCUGAAAGUUGGUCGCCCCUUCUGCGCCGCGUCUUCAUCUCCUGCGCGUUGUCCUUCAUCUGCGCGACAUGCGGCUGGCUGGCGGUUCAUCGAGCCCUACAAAACGGCCACGAAUACUAUCUACAGUUUUUGCCAGACGCCUGGAUUGACGAGCACAACCACACCAACUUCGUCUACCCGGUUGACGUCGAGAACCCGGAGGGCGUGAGUUGGGUGGCGGCGUUGGUGAUCGAAAGUGCAUUGUGCAUCGUUGGCGCUGUGUAUUACGCUGCAAAGGCGUAUGCAUUGGUCAACCACAAGAGCCACUUCACAAGUGCCAGAACGAAAAGCAUGCAGACGCAGUUUACACGGAGCAUCAUUGCGCAGGUAAGGAGAGUUCACCAUUAGAAGGGUUGAAGUGAAAUGCAUACAUUUUCUAUAAAUAUUGCACACAUGUCGGGGAUAGGCCACACUUUAAUUCCUGAAAAUUUUAGCUUGCGCUUUCCAGGGGCAGCUGUAUUCGACUAGGUUUUCAGCUGGCGGAGAGUGUAAAAUGCGGAGAGCGAGCAGAGAGGAAAACACUUUUUGGACGUAUCAUUGCCAGUUUCGCGCGGAAAAAAAUGAGUUUUUGUGGAAUUUCAUUACCUCCUACAAUAGAAAUAUUAUAAGUAUGAGCCUUUUCAAACCAAAAAACAGGAAAAAAUUUGGAAAGACGUGUUUUUUUUGGCCCGGCGCUUCGCAGCUUGCGCCCUGGUAUCCCGACUGCGAAUAAAAAUAGGAAACAGCCUAAGCGCUAAACUAAGCCUAAGUCUAGCCUGCCUAAGCCCGACAUUCCUUGUAACCGGGAUUGUUCGGGCGCAAGCUGCAAGACCUUCUUUUCGCUGGGGCCAGAAAAAGGAAAUGUUACCAAAAAUUGGCGUAUUUUUCCAACGUCCGACUAAAAUUUCUGGUUUGGUUUUGCAUAGCGCGAGCUAGGAAAAUUAACUUCUUUCCGUUGAUAAUCCACGAAAAAAAUUCCGUUCUCCUCUUUUUGCUUACACUCUCUCUCUCUCUCUCUCUCUCUCUCUCUCUCUCUCUCUCUCUCUCUCUCUCUCUCUCUCUCUCUCUCUCUCUCUCUCUCUCUCUCUCUCUCUCUCUCUCUCUCUCUCGCUCUCUCUCUCUCGCUCUCUCUCAUUGAAUAGACUGUUUCCAAAUUUUCCAAUAACCUGAGAUGUCAUUCUUUUUUUCCCUUCUAAAAAUAGUCUUUUUUCAGACCCUAACCGUAAUCCUGAUGGCGAAUAUGCCCGCCGGGGCGGUGUUGUUCUGCAUUUGCUUUGGAUUCAAGAGCAACUACGUGGGCACUCUCAUCCUCUGGCCAUUUUCUUGGGUCUCCGCGGUCGCUUCACUACUGACCUUCUACUUCAUCCGCGACUAUCGGCGCUGGCUGUUCAAUAAGUUUGGCUAUGAAGGGGAGAAGUCGACCUAUCAGUCGUCGAAUAUCAGCAACAUCACAAAAACUUCUUUGCAUUAA